CUAGUGUACCUAGUUGUGUUCUUGACUGUUAACCGCAGUGACUUAUGGUGGUCAUGCAAGUUUCGCUUUUUUUAAAAAGCAUUGAAAACUUUUAAUUGCAAUAAUUUGUACUAUGUCAAGGGACAAACUAGGCUUGUCUCAUCCCGACUUAUUAGAAAACGUAAAAGACUUUAAUUCUAAACUUGUUUUUAACUAUCAACCUGUACCAGAUAUUGAGUUAUCACAAGAAGUAUGUUUUCAGGAUAAAGCAAAUAACAACGGUGCUUCCGAAAAGGAACAAAACCCGAAAAUUACAUUCUCCAGAAUAGUCCGGUCCCAAGAAAAUUCACCCAGAGGAAUACUACUUAACCAAAAAAAAUUUCUUUUAGAGCGCGGAAAAUCUAGUGCUAAAAAAGUUCACUUCUUCUCCAAUAAUCUUUUGACCAGGAAUACAAGCUGUGAUGACUUUGCUUUAUGGUAUGGCAGGGCCACGGAGACGGUAGAUGGCAAAAAACUAAAUUUUGGCAACUGCAACGGUUUAAAAGGAUCGCAGGGCUCCCUUGAAAAGGAUGAUGACUGCUCUUGUGCUUGUCAUAACUCUGCCUUUGCUUCCUCCUCUACCACCCCAACUAUCAAUUCUUGUGUGACUUGUAGCAGUUUUUGUAGUAGUAAAGUUGAACACCACGCAAAAGAAAUUGAAUUUAAUAUUAUGGUAGAUAAAACAAGUAAUACUCUUAGAAAGGAAAGGAAAAAAAAGUUUAUAAAUAGAAGAGUUAGCCCUGAGGCGAAUGCUAAAUUUUUUGGAUUUUACGGACACACAGAUUACGCCGCCAAGAAGAAUACUUAUAAGGUGGAUAAGGACUUCAGUGGGGAUGACUCAGGUAACCUUGCUAACAAUAAUGUUGAUCGGAUGGAGCCGCCUUUAUACCCAAAAGAAAUAAAAGAAACUUCUAAUAAAAAGGAGCCCGAAAAGCCUUUGGGUUCUCACUUAAAAGAGGAAGAGGCAGGGGUUAUAGUUCCCCGCCAUAGAAAAACCCGAAGCUUAAAUCGAUUUACGGUUGAAGAAAUAGUGCUUCCACUAGCAGAUAUUAAAGAAAAGAAAAAUUGACACACCUUAAAUCUUCGCACUCAUUCUUUAAAGUUUUCCGUCGUAC